GACUUGCGCAAACAAAAAGGGCUCUGUUAUAUGCGCUCAAAAGACUCACAGAUGCAGGAAUACAUUACAUAUUUACAGAAAACACAGGAGAUCGAUCCAGAGCAGGACAAACGGUGUGAAGAUGCUUUUCAGAGGGACUAAUGUUCUUUGGAUGAUGAUAUUCUGGCGAUCUGUUUCAGGUGAUGAUGUGACAAAAGCUGUGGAGGCUGAAGCUACUUUCACUCCAGUGUCUGGAUUUCUGCCUCCUACCACCAGCAGCAUUAUAUGGAAGCACAGAAACAAUGCUGGAGUUGUUGUGAAAGUCAUUGAAUGGGACCAGGAUGAUGGCAGCACUGAAAUUCCCAACCCCAACUUCAGAGCCCACGCUAGUCUGAACAGACACACUGGAGAGCUCACUCUGAAAUAUUUACAGCUCAAACACACUGGCGUUUACACUAUUGACAUCAACAGUAAAGAGCAGAGAAAGCAGUUCCGCCUGACUGUUAUGAAGCCUGUCAGCAAACCUGACAUAAAAACAAACUGUGAUCUGGAAAAUAUUCCUGUCUGUACUCUGAAUUGUGAGGGCAGCGUAUCCUCUGAGAUUACAGUAAUCUGGCAGAACUCAGCCGGACGGACGCUAAACAGCAGAGAUCCUAAUAUGAGGACCAUCACAGUGACCAACAGCAGUAACCCUGAGGAGUUUUACACCUGUACACUGAAGAACGCAGUCAGCAGUGAGACCAGUGAUCCAGUCUAUGAGGCAGAGCUGUUUUAUGAUACAUAUGGAGAAAUGAUUGCUGCUAUACUUUCGAUCACUAUCAUUAUUAUCAUCAUCAUAAUGAUUUGUGGUUGCUGUGCUUUAUGUAGGAGAAGGAAGUGAUGAAUGAUGCUGCGGAUGCUCAUUACAUGUGCAUACAGAUGCAAACUUCUCUUUUCGACUCAUUUUCCUGGCCCUUUCACUAAAUCAACUGGAGCUAUCUAUCUUUACUUCUGACUGUUGUCAUUUGAUCUCUUUAUUAUGCAACAUGUGGAUGUUUUUCUCUGAAUCUGCUGCUAUGUAUGCAAAUAAAGACUAGGAAUAAUCUUAUGUCUCUUAUAGAAUCUCUUAUUGCCAUCAAGCAGAGAGUUUUGGGGUAAUUGUGCAUCCAUAAGUAGCCAUAAAUACAAAGCUUAUGGGUCACACUGUACAAUAAGUGAAUAUUUACUAACAUAAAUUAAUAAUGAGCAAUACUUGAACAGCUUUUAUUAAUCAUACUAAUUUACCAAUGCAUGUUAUUAUUAAAAUCUUAAUUAAUGCUUGUUAAUAUUAAUGAAUGCACUGUGAAUUAACAUGAACUAACAAUGAAUGACUCUAUUUUCAUUAACUAACAUCAACAGAGACUAAUAAAUACUGUUAGAAAUGUGUUGUUCAUUGUUUGUUCAUGCUAGUUAAUGCAUUUAUUUACAUUUACUAAUAAAUCCAUAUUUUAAAGUGUGACCAGAUUAUAUUAGGAGAAAAGGCAUGACAUGCAUGUACAUUUGAAGGCCGUUUGCUUUAGUUUUCAAAAUUGUGUCAUUGAUUUUUUUAGUUUAAUGCAGUCAGUUCCAGAUGAUGAGUUUGAUCAGCAGGUUAGCAAACACUGAUUGUGAUUGAAUGCAUUGCUACUUUAAAUAAAAUCAUCUGUCAAAUAUAAUGUCUGAAUGCAUCUAUUGUAAAAACUAAAACUACCAGAGGAUAUUUCUGUCUUAUCAAGAAAGUGCAUAUUAAAAAAAUAAUAAAGUUAAUUAAAUAAUGUAUUAUUCCAGAUUUAUAAUAUAAAUGCAUAUUUUUUUGUAAGAUUCAGUAGGCUACAACUUAAUGAGGUAAUUAAAGCAUCUGUAAAGCAGUUUAUUCGGCGUACUGUUGGUGAAAGACUAAACAUGUCUCAGGAUUUCAGUUUCUCUUUCCCCAUCUCUACUUUUGCUCUGUAUUUAGUCAUAUUUGAGUCUCAAAAUACAGAAUAAAAGUGAACAAAUGCAUGCUAUGAAUAACAAACAUACAGUAUUUCGACAGUUGUGAUGUCUACUUUAGCAGUUUGUCUGUCUGAAUACACUUUAGACACCUUAAAAUGUUCAUCAGCCAAUAAGAAUCAAGCAUUACAGCAGCACGUCUUGUUUAUAAAGUUCAACAUUUACCAAUGCAUAUUAUUAGUAAAAUCAAAUUAAUGCUU